ACUGCUGACACCAACACCAACCCUUAGCGCUGACCACGACAAUGGCCACUUCCCCACAACCAGAGACGACGCAGGUGCUCCCGGCGCCGGACAGCCACGAAACAUCGCGCGAUGACUGGGCUGGUCUCACGGAUCCGGCCGAGCGCCGACGAAGACAGAAUCGGAUAAACCAGAGGGCUCACCGACUACGCCAGCGCCAACGCAUGCGAAACAACAGAGAUGUCCAUCCUAAAAGUGUCGUUUCUUCAUCCUCAUCUCCAUCCUCCUCCUCAACCGCGAUCGUACCCAAAGAAAGCAGUACCUCACCAUCAGCCUCAUCACAGCGCGACAGUCGCUGUCUCAAACCCGCAUCUGCACGACUCCUUCUGACCCAAUUUGCCGAAUCCGCGUUCCAAAGUUACAUGACGGGCUCCCCAACCUCCGAGCAUCUCUUGCUACUGACAAAAGUCAACGUCUUCCGCGCCUUCGGACACAACCUGAAAAUCAUGGGCUGGGAUCCGGAUAACAUGGACGACGACGCCAUUUCCCCAUUUAAUAUCCCCACCGCAGCAGAGGCGUCAAAGGCACCGGACUACAGUGAUAUGCCCCUCAGCCUCCGACCCACCAAACUCCAGAGAACUAGGCCACAUCAUCCAUGGCUGGACUUUUUCCCUCUGCCCAAAAUGCGGGAUAAUAUGAUUCAAGCGGGUGAUGAUUGGGAUGAUGACGCACUUUGCCAUGAUAUCAUGGGCUUCUGGGCACACUCUUCUACUGCGGCGCCGGGGUUACUGGUCUGGGGGGAGCCGUGGGAUAUUCGGAACUGGGAGUUGACGGAGGCGUUUUUGAAGAAAUGGCAGUGGAUUGUUCGGGGGUGUCCUGAGAUUAUGAAUAGCACAAAUGCGUGGCGGGCACGGCGUGGUGAGAAGCUUAUAUUCAGGUAUAUCUAGAUCAAAUCGAACACCAGGUAUAGAAGGUCU